CUGUUGUGUAUUUGGAUGUGGAUGUGGAUGUGGAUGGUGGUGGGCUAGUGAUUCUUGUCAUGGCAACGCCGACAGUCAAUUUGUUAUUUAUUUUCCGAGGCGGCGCUUUGCUCGCCUAAUUAGUCAGCGAUUGGCCUUUCGAAAUUUGAUAAGCAGAUUUUUGGUAGCCGCCAAAGGAAAACUAAAUCAUGGGCAAAAAGGGUAAAGGCAAAGGCAAUAAGCUGGCCAAAAUGUCCGAGGAGGAGCGGGCCAGGUACUUGCAAAUGAGGGCCGACAUGGAGGAGGAGACGAGACGCCGGAAAAUGCAGCUUAUUUCCAUGUACAUGAAGAACAAACUGAAAAGGGAGGAUGCUUUUGGGCGACUCAAUAUGGCUAAAAUCAACCAGGAGUGGCGCAGCAUUUUGCGGCAGGUGAAAAUCCAGGAGCUGCGCCGCGAAAUCGUCGAUGUGGAGUCCUUCUUCCAGGAGGCACUGAAGCGCAAGGAUCAGGUGAUCCACCGUCUCAUUGCUCACAUCGAAUCCACUGAGGAUAUGUACGCCAAUCUGCAGCAGUCGCACAUGGAGAACAUCACCAGGAUAGUCGACACCCAUAGAGAUCGCAUCGAGUUCUUUCGGACGAUCUACGAGGACGACAAGCAGGCGGUGCUGAGCCAGUGGGAGCAGGACUCCGCCGUCUUCAAGGAGAUGCACGCCCAGAAGCAGCAGCAGCUGGAGUGCGUCUUCUAUCAGCUGGAGGAGAACACCGAUGGCGGGAUUCGGGACAACCACGAGCGCUUCCUGGACCGCUGCGAGGACCUAAAAAGUGGGAUGCAACUGCAGCUGGAGCAGAUCACCUCCAGAGGAGAAGCCCGACUGGAGAAGCUGUGGCAGGAGUAUCAGGCUGUGCUGGCCGGCUACUGUCAGCACAUCGAGGGCUUUUACUCGGAGUACGUGGACCUGAAGCAGCGGGAUGAGGAGGCAGCUCUACAGAUCAGCCAGCAGAGCCACGAGAUCGAGCACCUGGUGGACCAGCUGGCCAAUUUGCGUCUGGUCUCCGAGGAGUUCUACAUCAAGCAGCAGGGCCAACUGGAGCAGCGGCAGGCCAUCAAACAGCAGUUGACCGAGCGCCUGCGGGAGUUGCGCACCUGUGUGGAGCAGGAGGUGUCCAGUGAUCACCAGUUGUUCAAGCUUAUGUCCGUGGAGAGCUACCACGCCCUGGAAUUCCUGCAGGAAACUGUGGCCAAGGGCGAAACUCUCGCCCAGCUGUCUGCGGUCUGUGCCAAGAUGGAAACCCAGCGGGAGCGGAUGUUUCAGCUGCCGGAAAUUUCCAGGGAGAUUAUCGAGAUUCGAGAUAUAGAGGAUCCCGGCAAUGGUUCCCUAGCUGAUCCAGCCACCGAUCUUCUGAAGGACGAGGUGGCUGUGGUGCCCCAAAUGGAGUCCUUCUGGCGACGGGUGAACAACGUGGCCGUGGACGUGGCCUGCCUGAAGCAACAGAAGCGCCGCCUGGAGGCGGAGAACAGCCAGCUGAAGGCGCAGCUGCAGGAUUACCUCGUCAAUUUGAACAUUGCCCACGGCUCCAAUAGCCACGUCCACGCAUAUCUGGCCCGCCGGCCCAAGAGCAUGUCCGUGGACAGAGUGUCCCGCCUGCAGCUCCAGCCCAAGCUGGUGAAGAGUGCCCAGCCUACUGGUCGUCGUCGCCCACCGGCGCCCACUCCGCCCACUCCACCCACUUUCCACUUGCAUCCUGGACGCAGUCGGGCGCCUGCCUUCGAAGCCAACCUCUCAAACGUGGUGCGCUCGAGGACUUUGGCCAGGGGCAAAAUGAACCUGGCUAGAAUGGAAUAACUUGCUACCCAUUGUAAUGGGGAAGCUUUGGAUUUUAGAUAACUGGGCAUUGUAGCCACUUGCUGGAAACUCGGGAUUAAAUAUACAAUUUUAAUAUAUUCU